GCCUAGCAAUAGCACAGGCUCCCGGCCGAGUCCGUUAUGGCCACUGCCGCCUUGGGGAGGAUGAGGGGGGCCGCGCAAGCGAAGCUGCUGUCCAGGCCGGGCAUCCAGGUCCCUGGGGGACUGGCGCGGCCGCUGGUCCUGGCGCUCCUGCUUGCGUCCGCUGCCAUGUCCAGUGCUGCAUCGAAGACUGAUUCACUGAGCCAGACUGUACUCAACCAACAUGUUUCUACUUUAAAUAUGAAUGCUGUAACACAGGAAAACCAAACCAAACCUUCUAUUUCCCAAAUCAGUACCACUCUCCCUCCCACAUCUAGUACAGAGAAAAGUGGAAGAGCAUCUGUGGCCCCUCAUCCCUCACCUACUACUUCCCUGUCCCGAGAGGAAGCUGAUAACAAUGAAGAUCCUAGCAUAGAGGAGGAGGAUCUUCUCACACUGAAUAGUUCUCCGUCUACAGCCAAAGACACUCUGGACAAUGGAGAUUACGGAGAACCAGACUAUGAUUGGACCAUGAACCCUAGGGAUGACGAGUCUGAUGAGACCCUGGAAGAAAACAGGGGUUACAUAGAAAUUGAACAGUCAGUGAAGUCUUUUAAGAGCCCAUCCUCAAAUAUAGAAGAGGAAGACAGUCAUUUCUUUUUUCAUCUUAUUAUUUUUGCUUUUUGUACUGUUGUUGUUUAUGUUAUAUAUCACAACAAAAGGAAGAUUUUCCUUCUGGUUCAAAGCAGGAAAUGGCGUGAUGGCCUUUGUUCUAAAACAGUGGAAUAUCAUCGUCUAGACCAGAAUGUUAAUGAGGCAAUGCCUUCUUUGAAGAUUACCAAUGAUUAUAUUUUUUGAAGCACUGUGAUUUGAAUUUGCUUAUUGUGUAACUUUAUUUGCUUGACUUUUUAUAUGAUGUUGUGCAGAUGUUUGCCACAGGCAAUUGGUACUUAAAUGAGAGGUGGGUCUCUCUUUUGCCUUGGUGCUUUGGAAAUUAAAUGUCACAAACAAGGAGUAUAUAAUUUUUUAUCUAUACUUUUGGAGCUGAAUUCAAUCAGGUGUCCAAAAUGUGAGUUAAGCAUUACCUUAUAUUUACAUUGUUGUUUUUAUUGUUUUAGAUUUAUUAUACUUCUUCUGGAAGUAUUAGUGAUGCUACUUUUAAAAGAUUCCAAACUUGUAACUAAAUUCUAACAUAUCUGGUACUGCUGACUUAGAUUCACUCUCUGCCAUCCAAAUACUACUUUUUAGGCACACAUUUCUUUGUGGUCCCAAUAAUGUAUAAGGAUAUAUGUGAUAGUGCUUUGCAUUUAAGUAACAUUUUUUUCUUCCAUGAAAAUUGCUUUGGAUACUUUUAGAUAAUUUAAACAUAAUUUAAGAUAACGAUAUUGCUCAGUCUGACCACAAUUUUAGGUAACACAUUAACUGUGUCUAGAAGUUCUGGCAGUAGAGACUGCAGUUUGCGGUGGACCAUAGAUAAAAUGUUAUAGAGAUAUCAUUUUUUGGUUUGAAUUACUGAAUUAAAUUUAAAGGUAGAAACUAGUAAAUUAUUAAGUACAUGUGCAAUUGCUUUUGGUUAGCAAUUGGUUGUAGCAUGGGUCCUCAAAGGUUUCAAGCAAUGGGCAGAGUUUAAAAUUAUAUCAGAUUUGUUCACUUUGUUUACUAUUUUAUAGUAAGUUUGAAUGAAUCUUAGAGGCCAUUAUCACUUUAGUAAUAUUGUAUCUCAGUCUUUCAAAAUAAAAUUAUACCUGAAUGAAGUUGUUUGAAAACAUAAAGGAUAUAUGUGUAUAAUGACCUUCCUCCUGCACUUGUUAUAUUUUCUUAGUUUUUUUUUUUUUUUUACAGCAACUGGAAAUUAUUUGGAUUUUAUUUUAGCCUGUCUCUUUAUAAUAAAGAUUUGAUCAGUAUGUAAAUAAGUGAUUUGAAACAUGGUUGACUUACAAGUGUCACUACAACUUUUUAGAAAACAUAACCCCUAAUAUACAUUAACCAAGGCCCAGGUGAGCCAGUGGGCAUGCGCUCUGUGUAGAGAUGGGAGAAGCAGUGCUGCCUAUCCUUUCUCUCGGUGGACAGUGUACUGUCCUAAUAAAGAAGGGAAGCACAAUGGAAACACACCUGAACUGUUUUAUUGCAGUAAUUUUUUUCAUAUCUGAAAUUGUAUUAUUUAAUAUUUUGAAUAAAAUUUUAAAAAAUAAAUGGCAAAACUAUAAA